AGGCAGGUUCUGGACAGAGGGGAGGGGGGGGGGGGGAGGUAGAGAGGACGCGGACAAAGGAGGCGGCCGGCAGCCCAGCUGUUUUGAAAAAUGCUUCCUGUUUCUUUAAAGGCGCUCGUGGCUCGGGCGGCCGGGGCUGGGGAGGCGGCGGCGGCGGGAGCUGCCUCCUCUCCGGGCGGCGGCGCUGACUGAUCUCGCGAACUGGGCUUCUGUGUAAACUGAGGCUAAACAAACACAGAUGGAGCGCAGCGGGCGUUCUCCAGAAAUGCUGGCAAGGCGGCAGCGACUUCAGAUGACACUCUGAGCGCUCCGGGAACGGACAGCCCGGCGGCUUCGCGGAGCCGGCGGCGCAGCUGCCCCGGGCGAGGGGGAGAGAGGGAGGGAGGAGGGCGGGCGCGAGAAGGGGGAGAGCCCGAGACUCCCAGGCGCUGAGCGCGGCGGCGGCCCGGGCAGAGCCGGCGCGCAGCGUGCAGAGCGAGCGCGGCGGGCGCGCGGCCCGGGCAGCCCCACGCCCCUGCCUCUCGCGCUGCCCGCGCCAUGAAGCACAUCCCCGUUCUCGAGGACGGGCCGUGGAAGACCGUGUGCGUGAAGGAGCUGAACGGCCUCAAGAAGCUCAAGCGGAAAGGCAAGGAGCCGGCGCGGCGCGCGAACGGCUAUAAAACUUUCCGAUUGGACUUGGAAGCGCCCGAGCACGGCGCCACCGCCACCAACGGGCUGCGCGACAGGACCCAGAGGCUGCAGCCGGUCGCGGCCCCGGUGCCAGCCCCGGCGGCGCCGGCGGUUCCUUCAGGUGGGGGUGCGGACCCAGCCGGGGAGCGCCGGAGCGCCCGAGCGCCGGAGGUCUCGGACGCGCGGAAACGCGGCUUCGCCUUGGGCGCAGUGGGGCCGGGACUCCCCACGCCGCCGCCGCCGCCGCCGCCGGUUCCAGCGUCCCAGGGCCAAGUACCUGGGGGUCCCGAGGCGCAGCCUUUCCGGGAACCCGGCCUGCGUCCCCGCAUCUUGCUGUGCGCACCGCCUGCACGCCCCACGCCGUCGGCGCCCCCUGCGCCCCCGGAGUCUUCAGUGCGCCCGGCGCCCCCCACGCGCCCCGGAGAAAGUUCUUACUCGUCAAUUUCACACGUAAUUUACAAUAACCACCCGGAUUCCUCCGCGUCGCCUAGGAAACGGCCGGGCGAAGCGACCACCGCCGCUUCGGAGAUCAAAGCCCUGCAGCAGACCCGGAGGCUCCUAGCGAACGCCAGGGAGCGGACGCGGGUGCACACGAUCAGCGCAGCCUUCGAGGCGCUCAGGAAGCAGGUGCCGUGUUACUCAUAUGGGCAGAAGCUGUCCAAACUGGCCAUCCUGAGGAUUGCCUGUAACUACAUCCUGUCCCUGGCGCGGCUGGCUGACCUUGACUACAGUGCCGACCACAGCAACCUCAGCUUCUCCGAGUGUGUGCAGCGCUGCACCCGCACCCUGCAGGCCGAGGGACGUGCCAAGAAGCGUAAGGAGUGACUGGCCCCGGUCUAGACCAAGGAUGCUUCCGUGGGCCCUCGUUCUGGUCAAGCCCGAGGAGAAGGUGAGCUCUCCAAGUCCAGCCUUGUCUUCUCCAGGAUUCCACCAGAUGCUCAGACCACUGCCUCUCAGGGUGGGGCAGGGGCACACCUGCCUCCCUCUUGCCCUCCUGUCCCCCCUCAGCCACUCUGGUGACUCUGCACUUUGCCCUCGGCCUGGUGGGGAGGGGAGAGCAAAGCCUCCCCCUUGCCCAGGGCCUGAGGCCCCUGUCUGGCUGCAGAAAUUCAUUGCCAAAGAUUCCACAGAGACACUGAAGAAAUGGUGGUGACAAAACCCCAUGGCAAAAAGCCACCCCAUUGCUCUAGGACUUUUGCUCCUCCUGUUGCCCGAGUUCCAUCUCAAGCCAAAGACGAGUCAGCGAUCCCACAGGAAACUCAUGGAAGGGAUGGACAUUUGGUGACCAUUGGCAGCACUCAACCUUCUGACCUGGCACUCUCUUUCUACGCUGGGUCCUGAGCUGGUUGGGUAUAAGAUAAGCCUUCUGGGGGCUGUGAGAAGGGGCUGGGGGUGCUUAUAUGGAGUGGGAUGUGAGAUCCUGGCCCUCUUCUCUCCUUCCCACUGGCUGCCUAGGCCUCUGACCCUGAUUGUCAGUGUUCUGGUCCAGGUUUCUUGGGCCCUGAGCAUCAUGGCAAGGGAGUAAGGGGGAAAAGAAACCAAUUUGACCACCCUGUACCCCACCCCAGGGUCUUGUCCCCCAAGGUGACCAGCCUAAAAGGUCUUUGCUCCCCAGCCAGCCCAGCCAGCCACUCCUUGCCCAUGGCCCACCCUCCUGGCUGGGAAAACAAGAUGGUGCCCUGUAUGAAGGCCAGUAGUCUGUUCCCGGUUAUGCAAGGGGUGGGCAGAGGGAAGGAAGGGACCAGGGAAAUGGGCCAGUACGGUGGCGAGGGGCAUGUUCAAAGCCAAGGCCUAUUCCUUCCUUGUGCUCAAAAGGCCAAAGCUGUUCACAUCUGUGCUCAACCAUCUGCUUCAAAUUGAAGUAAAAGCCCAAACAUGUAAAGAAAACACUUGCUCGUGUUGAAUGGACUCUGUGGGCGACCAGGACUUUGGCUGGUCAGUUAAGGGGGAGUUGUGGGAGGAGGGGAGAGGCUGGUGUCGGCCUAGAAGUUGAGCAUGUGAGUGUGUGUGUGUGUGUGUGUGUGUGCGUGUGUCAGGGUGUAGGGAGCCCUCACCAUGACCUCAAAUCUGGACUAGUGACCAGGAGGCCUGGUCAGAAACAUGUGAGGAGCUCUUUCCACUUCAUACCUCACUUAAUCCAUUCCACGAGUUUAUGAGGUGGGAACUGUCAUUUUAAUCCCAUUUUACAGAUGAAGAAAUAAGGCCCCAAGGAGACAGUGAUGGAUCUGGCCCCCAAAUCAGGGUGAUCUCACGCCACAUCCUGUGCUCUUACCCCCUUUCUGUCCCCAUAGUCCAGUCCCAGCCCAAAGUCUUUGUGUGGCCUUGUCACAUCACUUCACCUCAGUGGGCAUUCGGGGGUGGGGAAGAGGUCAUAAGAUAAGAAUGGGGAGAGGACUCUCAAGGGCAGGGCUGCCCAGGGAGAUGGGAGGUGAUGAGGAAAGGAGCUAUGCUCCUGCAGGGUGCACAUUUGUCCCUUGGUUCAGCCCAGCCACGCCGUCUCUGUCUGCUCCCUGGGAUCCUGGACCGGGUCCUGAAUGUCUGCAGGUGCAGCUGACUGACAGGAGCUCCUCCCCCUGCACUAGUGUUUCCCAGGCACGGCCCUUUGCCAAGAACCAGGUUGUUGGACAGGUCCUGGAUCUGGGACAGAAGUAGGGGACCCAGACUGCUCAGAGCACUCCUCAGAGCAAAGGUGUCCUGCAAGACAGAAUGGACUUGGGAUGGGGGCUACAAGGGGAUGGUCACUGGGGUGCCCAGGUGGCUCAGUCGAUUGAGCAUCCAGCUCUGGAUUUCAGCUCAGGUCAUGAUCUCAUGGUGGGGAGAUCAAGCUCUGCGUUAGGCUCAGCACUGACAGCAUGGAGCCUGCUUGGGAUUCUCUCUCUCCGCCCCCCCUCCCCCCCCCCCCCCCCCGCUCUCUCACCGC